AAAAACAAAAAGAGCUGCUUCUGAAGUGAAGGAAGCUUUCAAGUGAUGUGUGUAUUUUGCUGAUAUUGUACUGCCAUCGAUUUGAUCUCUUACUGGCAUCUGGAUAGAGCUAAGUAGGAGGAGCCUGUGAUGGCGUUAGAAGGGGAAGCUGGGGCAAAGACAAUGAAGGCAUUGGGUGGCCAAGUCUGCCAGAUCUGUGGUGAUAAUGUUGGGAGCACUGUAAACGGCGAGCCAUUCAUCGCGUGCGAUGUUUGUGCUUUCCCUGUCUGCAGGCCUUGCUAUGAGUAUGAAAGGAAGGAUGGCAAUCAGUCUUGCCCUCAGUGCAAAACCCGUUACAAGAGGCACAAAGGCAGUCCUGCAAUUCUUGGAGACGGGGAAGAGGAUGGUGGUGCUGAUGAUGGUGCCAGUGACUACAAUUACAGUUCAGAAAAUCAGAACGAAAAGCCAAAGAUUUCAGAACGCUCACUGGGCUGGCAAAUGACAUAUGGGCGAAUGGAGGAGGUUGGUGCACCGAAUUAUGAUAAGGAAGUUUCUCACAAUCAUAUUCCUCGGCUGACAAGUGGACAGUUAUCUGGAGAAUUAUCUGCAGCUUCACCUGAGAGGCUGUCAAUGGCAUCUCCUGGUGUCCCUCAUGGGAAGCGUGUCCAUAAUCUUCAGUAUUCAUCUGAGCUUAAUCAAUCUCCAAAUAUUAGGGUUGGGGAUCCAGGACUGGGCAAUGUAGCAUGGAAAGAAAGAGUUGAUGGAUGGAAAAUGAAACAAGAUAAGAAUGCGGUUCCUGCUCCAAUGAGCACAGGCCAGGCUACUUCUGAAAGAGGAGCUGGUGAUAUUGAUGCUAGUACUGAUGUGCUUUUGGAUGAUUCAUUGUUGAAUGAUGAAGCUCGACAACCUCUCUCCAGGAAGGUUUCUAUUCCAUCUUCUAGGAUAAAUCCAUACCGUAUGGUCAUUGUUCUGCGGCUGGUUAUCCUCUGCAUCUUUCUGCAUUACCGAAUAACAAAUCCUGUGCCCAAUGCAUUUGCAUUGUGGUUAAUAUCUGUUAUUUGUGAGAUUUGGUUUGCCAUAUCUUGGAUAUUGGAUCAGUUCCCUAAGUGGUUACCUGUGAACCGUGAAACAUAUCUUGACAGGCUUGCAAUAAGAUAUGAUCGCGAGGGAGAACCAUCACAGCUUGCAGCUGUUGACAUUUUUGUCAGUACCGUGGAUCCAUUAAAGGAGCCCCCACUUGUGACUGCCAAUACUGUACUAUCCAUACUUGCUGUUGACUACCCAGUUGAUAAGGUUUCCUGCUAUGUUUCUGAUGAUGGUGCUGCUAUGCUGACAUUUGAAGCUCUAGCUGAGACAUCUGAAUUUGCAAGGAAAUGGGUUCCUUUCUGCAAGAAAUACAGCAUUGAACCCAGGGCACCUGAGUGGUACUUCGCACAAAAGAUUGACUACUUGAAAGACAAGGUUCAACCAUCAUUUGUCAAAGAUCGUAGAGCAAUGAAGAGAGAAUAUGAAGAAUUUAAGAUCCGUGUGAAUGGACUUGUUGCGAAGGCACAAAAAGUUCCUGAAGAAGGAUGGGUGAUGCAAGAUGGUACCCCAUGGCCUGGAAACAACACCAGAGACCAUCCAGGAAUGAUACAGGUUUUCUUGGGGCAAAGUGGAGGUCUUGACACUGAGGGUAAUGAACUUCCACGUCUAGUAUAUGUUUCUCGUGAAAAGCGUCCUGGUUUCCAACAUCACAAGAAGGCCGGUGCCAUGAAUGCACUUGUUCGAGUAUCAGCUGUCCUUACCAAUGGACCUUUCUUAUUGAAUCUUGAUUGUGAUCACUACAUAAACAACAGCAAGGCCUUGAGAGAAGCUAUGUGUUUUAUGAUGGAUCCCAAUCUUGGGAAAAAUGUUUGCUACGUUCAGUUUCCUCAGAGAUUUGACGGUAUUGAUAGAAAUGAUCGUUACGCAAAUCGUAAUACUGUUUUCUUUGAUAUAAAUUUGAGAGGUUUGGAUGGAAUUCAGGGGCCCGUAUAUGUGGGCACUGGAUGUGUAUUUAACAGAACGGCUUUAUAUGGUUAUGAACCUCCUAUAAAGCCCAAGCACAAAAAAGCUGGGUUGAUCUCUUCACUCUGUGGUGGAAAGAGAAAUAAGAGCUCAAAAUCUAGCAAGAAGGGUAAAGACAAGAAAAAAUCGCAGAAGAAUGUUGACCCAACUGUGCCCAUCUACAAUCUAGAGGAUAUAGAAGAAGGGGUUGAAGGUGCUGGAUUUGACGAUGAGAAAUCACUACUCAUGUCACAAAUGAGCCUUGAGAAAAGGUUUGGUCAAUCUGCUGUUUUUGUUGCCUCCACACUCAUGGAAAAUGGUGGUGUUCCUCAGUCUGCUACUCCAGAAACUCUUCUUAAGGAGGCUAUUCAUGUCAUCAGUUGUGGUUAUGAGGAUAAGUCAGAAUGGGGAACUGAGAUAGGAUGGAUCUAUGGUUCUGUCACAGAAGAUAUUCUUACUGGAUUUAAGAUGCACGCCCGUGGUUGGCGGUCCAUAUAUUGCAUGCCCAAGCUCGCAGCGUUUAAAGGUUCUGCUCCUAUCAAUCUUUCAGAUCGUCUGAACCAAGUGCUUCGAUGGGCUUUAGGUUCGGUGGAAAUUCUUCUAAGUCGACACUGUCCCAUCUGGUAUGGUUAUAGUGGAAGACUAAAGUGGCUGGAGAGGUUUGCAUAUAUUAACACCACAAUCUAUCCAAUCACUUCCAUUCCCCUUCUCAUGUAUUGUACCUUGCCUGCUGUCUGUCUCCUCACUAACAAAUUCAUUAUUCCACAGAUUAGUAACAUAGCAAGUAUAUGGUUUAUCUCUCUCUUUCUUUCCAUCUUUGCCACUGGUAUCCUUGAGAUGAGGUGGAGCGGUGUCGGAAUUGAUGAGUGGUGGAGAAAUGAACAGUUUUGGGUUAUUGGUGGUGUUUCAGCCCAUCUUUUUGCUGUGUUCCAAGGUUUACUCAAGGUGCUUGCCGGAAUUGACACCAACUUCACUGUUACAUCAAAGGCAUCAGAUGAAGAUGGGGACUUUGCAGAACUCUACAUGUUCAAAUGGACAACCCUUCUCAUUCCGCCGACGACUCUUCUCAUCAUAAACUUGGUGGGGGUUGUUGCAGGUAUCUCCUAUGCCAUUAACAGUGGGUACCAGUCAUGGGGUCCCCUCUUUGGUAAGCUUUUCUUUGCAUUUUGGGUGAUCAUCCAUCUCUACCCCUUCCUCAAGGGUCUUAUGGGACGGCAGAACAGAACGCCGACCAUCGUUGUGGUCUGGUCCAUUCUGCUUGCUUCCAUUUUCUCUCUGUUAUGGGUCCGAAUCGACCCGUUCACUACCAAAGUCACCGGUCCUGAUGUUCAGCAGUGUGGAAUCAACUGCUAGAACAUGAAAACAGGUCUGGUUGGAAUGUUUUGAUUUGCUUGCAAUUCUUUUGUUUGUAACAUUUUGUAAUCUGUUUACGCAUGUCUAAAUUAUGUGCAGUUCAUAGUCCACAAAGAAGAAAUCAAAUUAGAGAUCAAUUGUUUAAGGAUAUCAUUUUUUUGUAAUUUAUUGUAAUACUUUGAACAUUCAUUCCAUUUUUUUUCUGGGAAAACUAUGUAUCACUAUUAAACUAUUUACAAAGAUCACACAUUGUAUGCA